AGCCGGCAGUAUGCAAAUGCACGCACAGAGUGUAGGCUGCUCGUAGCCUCAUUGCCGGGACAGGCAUCACAACAGAAAGAGCAGGAGGAGGGGCCAGCUGCCAGGUCUUCAGCCUGCAGGUUCCUGGCUGCGUAUGAGUGCAGGGUUAGGUUAACCACAGAUCAGUUUCCGGACACGCCAGAUAGCUCGCCAAGUUCAAGAAACCUGAGUACGGGAGGAGAUGGCAGUGCCGUGAUUCCACUUGCCUGGACUAGUCUCGGUCAGCCCGGCAGGUUCCUGUUUCUUUUCCUUGAUUACAAGUGGUUCCCUGUGGACAGGCGUCUCAGUGCAGGGGAAACCGAUGAUCAUUGCUGUCCCACGUUGGCGCUCUGGUUUUUGCGCGCAGGGACAUGACACAUAACGGCUCGGCACCCAGUCACGGCAGGCGGCGAGAGGAACUUAAAAUUGUGAUUGUGGGAGAUGGGGGUUGUGGGAAGACAUCCCUUCUCAUGGUGUAUGCCAAAGGAGAUUUUCCAGAGAAAUAUGCUCCAUCUGUGUUUGAGAAGUACAUCACCACAGUCAAUUAUGGAGGCAAAGAAGUCAUCUUGAAUCUCUACGAUACAGCAGGUCAAGAGGACUAUGAUCGACUUAGACCACUUUCCUACCAGAAUGCCAACCUUGUGCUCAUGUGCUAUGAUGUUACCAACCCCACCAGCUUUGAGAAUGUUUUGAUCAAGUGGUACCCAGAGGUGAACCAUUUCUGCCGUGGCAUUCCUACAAUUCUUAUUGGCUGCAAGACAGACCUCCGCAAGGACAAGGAGCGGACCAGGAAGCUGUGGGCUUUGGGUCAGGCCCCCAUCACAUAUAUCCAGGGUGAGGAGACCAAGCAGCAGAUCAACGCAGAGCUAUACCUGGAAUGUUCAGCAAAGUACAGGGAGAAUGUGGAGGACAUUUUCAGAGAGGCUGCCAAACGGGGCCUGGCUGGCAUUCGGAGAGCCAGGCAUGCACGCAAGAAGAGCGGGUCUUGCGCCCUGCUUUGAUCACAUGACUUGCACACGACAACUGAGAGGAUGUAGUACUCCAAACUGUGUCUGCUCUUGCUAAAGACAAUUCUCUUUUUUUAACUAAAUAUUUUAAAUAUUAUUUUUUAAUGGCAUAAACUUACUUUCCCCCCCACCUGGUGAAGCUGAGUGGGCGUGCAUUUUUUGAGCCAUUCCAGGAAUAACAUGUUGCCCAACCUCCAUCAGGAAGUCCAAGUGCCUGAAUCCCCCACAUGUUUUGGGAUACUGGCUGGACCAGACCCCACACAAUGUUUCUGGGGAGAAAUUGUAUGCUGCUAGCCCAUUACUUGGCUGACGCUGAUAUAUUAUUUUGUAUUAUUGUGUGGCAAUGAGAUUAAAUAUUUUAAGAUUCUAUAAUUUGUGAUUUUACACACUAUACCCAUAUUUAUGAAAUAGUAACUAUCAGUCCACAAAUAGAGAAAUCAAUCAAUCAAUUUAGAGUUUUUCCAUCUAAUUAAAGCAGCUAGAAUUAAUUGAUUAAGAUUGAUUGUUGGUCAUUCUCAAACUGAUAUAUGCAUUUACUUACUUCUUUGGCUGUAAACACACAAAUGUGCAUCUGUUUUUUGGCAUUGAUUUCACACAUUUUUAUAAAAGCAGUAUGAUUUGUUUUUAAAUAAAUUGGAUAAAUAAA